AUGGCGAAAGCAGAUUCCUGUGAACGCGGGAGGCGGAUCGGAUGGCAGAGGCCGAAGUGGGACGGUGAGGCGGCGACGUUGUGCGCUUACGACGCGACCCUGCACCCAUUCAUGCUGCACAGCAACGUGGCAGGUUCGUGUAUUAGCGGCGACGUGACGCCCGUGUCCGCCGCCUCGGAGCUCGAGUUCAACAGCAACGAAGCGACGGCCGGCUCCGGCACCGACCACGAGCUGCUGAGUGCGGAGGGAGAGGACGACGAGGACACACUAUCAAUGGACCCAUGCUCGUCUCCAAUGAGAGUUAUAAGAAACGAUCUGACGCCAGAGUCGUCGGCAAUCACCAUGAAACUGGACAGCUGCCAAGCCGCAUCGAGCAGCUGCCAAGGCCCGACUGGCUCGUCCGCUGACCUCUACGGGCUCAGUUUACAGCAGACCAAAGAGAACUUCUACAAGGACAUGCCCUCCAGCAGCAAGAAUUACAACAACGAGAACGAAGUGAGGAACAAGUGCGUCAAGGGCGAAAGGUCGCCGCAGUGGGGCAACCUCGACCCGCUGAACCUGCAAGCCAAGGAGGGCAGUUCUAAGGUCGCGAGAAGCGAAACACUGAACAACGGCAGCAGAAGGUAUAGCGAUAGCAGUGCGCAGAAGUGCAACCGUAACCCCAACCCGUCCGCGGCCCCUAGUAGGUUCACUACGACUCUAGUGGACGAGGAUCAGUUCCGGGCGAGCACAUCGAGCGAGAAUUGUGAACGUCGUGCUGAUCCUACAGAGGCUUUUCUUGUG